AUGCGGUGGAGUUUAGCGGUGAAGGCCGAGGGCGGUGAACCCCGAUGCGUGUUUCGAGGAUAUUUGGAACCGCAACUGGACUUUCCAGUUGUGAAAGAAAAGACGGCGGCGUCGGUUCCGAAAGCGGGCGAUUGCGAGAGUAAGCAGCAGCCAGCGGCUGUAUCGGCAAAGGCCCAGAAAAAGAAUCUCCGGAAAGACAAGCGGUGGGCGUACAAGCGCGAGGCUCAGAUCCUCGUCUACCUUCGUGCCGAACGAAACAGCGAUUCUGAUGUGACUCGCUCAGAACUGAUAUCAGAUAUUGAGGAAGGGGAUCCACCGACACGCUACAUCAUCGUUCUGAACGCGGGGAGCACGGGGAACAUCGGGAGCAUAUCGGCUGAAGCCCUGGAGUCAGUGUUUGCAACACAUGCAGGGUUCGAGCGGGUGGAAAUGUUACUGGGGAAAGCAUACUCUUAUAUCGUUUUCGAAACACCAGAAAGCGCAUUGAAAGCUUACCACUCGAUACAAGAUGAGGGUCGGGAGCUGCCCCUCCCGCAAGGAGGCUCCAAGCGCCUGCUCCUCACAUUCGCCAAAUCCAUAUCCCGUCAAGUAGCCCUCACCAACCCCGCUGAGGUUUCAAAUACAGUCCCCGGUCUCGCGCUAGUGCACGACUUUGUGACCUCCGAAGAAGAAGCAAAUCUCCUCGCCAGCGUCGACCACGAACGGGACUCCCCGCGCUGGAUUGACAUGCUCAAACGGCGGGUGCAGCACUACGGCUUCCGAUUCGACUACGCCCUCAACGACGUGGACCUCGACAGCAUCAUCGAGCCUAUGCCCGCGUGGGCAGAGCCGGUGCUGCAGAGGUACCGCGCGGCGUUUCCCGAGCAUGAGUCGCCGGAUCAGCUGACGGUGAAUGAGUACUGGCCGGGAGCGGGGAUUGGGCCGCAUGCGGAUCGGCAUACGAUUUUUGGGGAUGUAGUGGUGGCGUUGAGUCUGGGGAGUGGGGUUGUGAUGGAGUUUAGGAGGUUAGAGGAGGCAUCCUACCUCACCUACAACGUCCACCUCCCCUCGCGCUCCCUCCUCGUCAUCUCCGGCGAAGCCCGCUACCGAUGGGAACACUCCAUCCGCGCACGCGGCAUCGACAUUGUGCACGGCCGCCCCGUCGAGCGGGGCACUAGGGUCAGCCUGACCUUCAGGAACGUGAAGCGGUCGGGGGAGAGGACCUGUGAGUGCGAGUGGACGAGUGUGUGUGAUAGGUUUAGGGAUAGUGCGGGGAGGGCGGUUGUUGCUAGACCCGAGGGGGAGUCGUGA